UGUUAAGGUUUUUAUGUAUUAAUGAAUUCAUUUAAACUUAGAAAAGGUGCCUGAAAAGUUUGAAGAAUUUCUGUGCACCAAUAAAAAAGAAAUCGCCAAAAAAACAAAAUCCGGGACCGUCGGGAGUCGGGAAGACUAGAUUUACCGCUUGCCAAAAAUUGAAAACAAUACUGAAGUAGUGAAUACAGUUAUUGAGACUGACACUCAUUCAGACCAAAUGAUUAAAGUUUCCACUGAUGAUGAUGUUGACACAGAACAACUGGACAAAGUAUCAGAUCGAAAACGACGGCAUAGCGAAUCGGAAUCAUCAGAAAUUUAUGAUUUGGUGUCUUUUAAAUGUUCUCGGUCUAACACAAGUGAUGCAACUGAAGAGAGUCGUAGCUCUGAAAGAGCAGAAUGCAGCCCAUUAAAAGUAACAUGUCAGUGUGAAACAGGCACAGACAGUUUAACUACAGAAUCUGAAGAUUCGCCAGAUCAAAUUGAGAUAAGACAUAGAAAACAAACGCACAAAUUUUCUUCGAUCGACCUUCCACCACAACUGAGCAAGUGGGAAAGAAAACAUAUUGAAAAUCUCAAUAUAUCUAUUAUGUUUGUACCAAACUUGAAGCCUCUUGAUUUUCUUCAAAGUGGAGAAAUUGAGAAUCACGAGGAAAAUGAAAUGAUACGUGAGCUGAAGAAAUACGUUUUGAAAAGUCCUUUGAUGACUCGUUUGAAAUACUUGCAACACACAUAUACUUCAUUUUCUGAACUUUCAUCUGAAGACUUGUGGGAGAUGGCUCCUCAUGAUGAUGAAAAGAUCUCAUUUAUCCCAACAUGGGUACCAGAAAACCAUAUGAUCUGGUUUUACAGAUUCCAUAAUGAAGCACACAAUUUUGUAAGUCUGUUGUAUCUGUUGCUGAAAAGGCGAGAAAAUGGAUGUGAUUUACAUGAAAGUCACUUGCAGACGUUGUUUGAGUCCUUUGCUCGAAUGUUUGGAUUGAAUAGUUGGCUCAGUGGUGUCCCUUGGUUAGAUGUUGAAACCAAACAGAUUAUGAAAAGUGAUGUAACUGGAGCAGCAGACAUUAUAUAUGCAAGUAAAAUGUAUUCACCAUUUCACGAUGUCAAACAAGGAGCUCAGCAUCCUUCAGUUGUGGCAGUUUGUAAGGUAAAGAAAGCUGGUCCACAAUUAGAUGAUAAAACUUCUCCACAAAUCAGCAAACCAAGAACUAAAUCAAAAAUAAAAGAAAUAUCAUCCAUGGAAGUAUCCUCAAGCAGCAAAUCAGACAUUCCAGCCUUAUCAGAACAUAAACCUGAAGUUUGUCAACACCUUGAUGAUGGAUUGAUUGGUCAGCAUGGAGGAGAACUUCUUUUCCAUUUCCCAGAAACUAUUAAAAAGGAGAAAAUAUUUGGAUUAAUUGUGCAAGAAACCCAGGUAACAUUCACAAUGCUUGAAAUGAGAAUGGAACAAUAUAAUGAUAUUGUUGAAGGUAAAAUUAAGCACAAGUCUGAAGAUCGGCCGAAUUUUAAGAUUUCGAGACCUUAUGACUAUCUGAAUAUGGAGGACAGAGAAUUUAUCAUUGAAGCUUUUAUUAAACUAGCCAUGAUGCAAAGGAAGAUUACUUGAAAUUAGAAAGAAAUCACUUUUGAUAUCUGUCUAGUGAGUGAAUGUGGUGUUUAAUAUAUACAUGUACUUGCCUAAAAAUGAAAUGUUGCAGGAGUAUGAAGAAUACCAAUCAUAAUCCUCAGAUAAGAAACAACUUAUCAUUAAAUGUCUAUUUGAGUUAAUAAUAUUUUCAUAUUUUUAAUGUUUUCUCCUGAGCCCUGGGGCCAGUUUCCACCAAACUUGCCCAAGUGUGGCUUUUGAUUAUGCAAUAUCUGACUGGUCAUGCUCAAUAAAUUUAUUAAGUACUGAAAUAAAUUUUGAAACAUUACGUAUUUCAUUGUGUAUUGAUUAAAGCUGAAGUACAUUCGUACUUCAAUGUAACUGAUAUGAAUAAAUUCUGUGAUAAAAAAAAAAUUA